AUGAAGUUGAAGGAGACAGAAUCAAGGCCAAAGCCAUCAACCUAUGGCAAAUUUCAGACAAAGGGAAUCAAAGUUAUGGGGAAGUGGAAGCAGGUGAAGAUUGACCCAAACAUGUUUGCAGAUGGACAGAUGGAUGACUUAGUGUGCUUUGAGGAACUGACCGAUUACCAAUUGGUCUCUCCUGCCAAGAAUCCCUCUAGCCUCUUCUCAAAGGAACAGCCCAGGAAGAGAAAAGCACAGACUGUUUUAGAAGGAGAGGAGGAAGGAGAGGCCAGCUCCCCAAAGAAAAAGAUCACGUUGGAGGAGAGUAAAGAUGUGGAAACUGAAGGUAGCAGUACCCAGAAAGAGUUUGAGGUCAAAGAUGCUGAGCUAGGGCUUCAGAAAGAUGGCUCCGUGUGUCCUGUGCCUGAGACAGGGGAGACGGCAUCAGGAAGCCAGGCCCACACUGGGCCAAAAAAGAAGAAAAAGAAAGGGAAACAAAAAUUGAAGCCUUCCCAGGGCACUACUCCAAAGGCGCCCAAAAAGGCAAAGACCUGGAUGCCCGAAAUGCGUGACCAGAAGGCUGACGUGUCAGCUUGGAAGGACCUGUUUGUGCCCAAGCCGGUACUCCGAGCACUCAGCUUUCUAGGCUUUUCUGCACCCACACCAGUCCAAGCCCUGACCUUGGCGCCUGCCAUCCGUGACAAACUGGACAUCCUUGGAGCUGCUGAGACAGGAAGUGGAAAAACCCUUGCCUUUGCCAUUCCGAUGCUUCAUGCAGUGCUGCAGUGGCAAAAGAGGAAGCCUACCCCAGCUGCUGGAGAUAGUGGAGUGUCCCCUGGAGAGGCAGAGACUGGAUCGCCAAGCAAGGCUGGAACAGAGUCUGGAACAUUGCCUGAGGAGCCUGGAAUCGAGAGUGAAGCAGUGUCCAGUGAGGCUGGAGUGCUACCCCGCAAGGCCAGAGCCAAGACCGGAGCUGCUGUCUCAGACCAGGUGCUGCUCUUCUGUGAUAAUGAUGCUGGUGAAGGACCUUCUUCCCUGGUCAAGGAGAAGUUUGUGUCUGAACAGGAUGAGGGUGAAGAGGAAAAGCUCAGUGAAGAGCAGACUGGACAGUUAAAACAAGAGUUGAGUGCUGGGCUGACCACCUGUAAAGAGCCUCCAAAGAGCCCUCUCCUGGGCCUGGUUCUGACCCCUACUCGAGAGCUGGCCAUCCAGGUCAAACAGCACAUCGAUGCUGUGGCCAGGUUUACAGGGAUUAAAACUGCUAUUUUGGUUGGUGGAAUGUCUACACAAAAACAGCAAAGGAUGCUGAACCGCCAGCCGGAGAUUGUGAUUGCUACUCCAGGCCGGCUGUGGGAGCUGGUUAAGGAAAAGCACCCUCAUCUGAGUAACCUUCGGCAGCUCAGGUGCCUGGUAGUGGAUGAAGCUGACCGGAUGGUUGAGAAAGGCCACUUUGCUGAGCUCUCCCAACUAUUGGAGAUGCUUAGUGACUCUCAGUACAACCCAAAGAGACAGACGCUUGUUUUUUCUGCCACACUGACGCUGGUACAUCAAGCUCCUGCUCGAAUCCUUCAUAAGAAGCACACCAAGAAAAUAGACAAAACUGCCAAACUUGACCUCCUCAUGCAGAAAAUUGGUAUGAGGGGCAAGCCCAAGGUCAUCGACCUCACAAGGAAAGAGGCUACAGUGGAGACGCUGACCGAGACCAAGAUCCAUUGUGAGACUGAUGAGAAAGACCUAUACUUGUACUACUUCCUGAUGCAAUAUCCAGGUCGCACUUUAGUGUUUGCCAACAGCAUUUCCUGCAUCAAACGCCUCUCGGGGCUCCUCAAAGUCCUGGAUAUCAUGCCACUGACCCUGCAUGCCUGCAUGCAUCAGAAGCAGAGGCUCAGAAACCUGGAGCAGUUUGCCUACGUGAAAGACUGUGUUCUCCUGGCGACAGAUGUGGCAGCCCGGGGUCUGGAUAUUCCUGGAGUCCAGCAUGUCAUCCAUUACCAGGUCCCUCGCACCUCAGAGAUUUACGUCCAUCGAAGUGGUCGAACUGCUCGUGCUGCAAACGAAGGCCUGAGCUUGAUGCUGAUUGGGCCUGAGGAUGUGACCAACUUUAAGAAGAUUUACAAAACCCUCAAGAAAGAUGAAGAUGUCCCCCUAUUCCCUGUGCAGACAAAGUUCAUGGAUGCAGUCAAGGAACGAAUCCGUUUAGCUCGACAGAUUGAGAAAGCCGAGUAUCGGAACUUCCAGGCUUGUCUACACAACUCUUGGAUUGAGCAGGCGGCAGCUGCCCUUGAGAUUGAGCUGGAAGAGGAAAUGUAUAAGGGGGGAAAAGCUGAUGAGCAGGAAGCGCGUCGGAGACAAAAGCAGUUGAGAGUCUUGAAGAAGGAGCUGCGCCAUCUGCUCUGCCAGCCGUUGUUUAAAGACGACCUGAGGACCAAGUACCCCACUCAGUCUGGCAAGCCGCCCGUGGUCAUGUCUGCCCCAGGCAAGGGUGAGUCUGCUUUGAGCUGCAUCACGAAACAGAAGAAGAAGAAGAAGAAGCAGCAGCAGUUGAAGGAGCAGCAGCAGCCGUCACCACACCCACAGCCAAGUGCAAGUGCAGAUUAA